GGGCUGCCGCAGCGUCUGGGCCGGCGGCCGGACUGGUGCCGGGAGCGAGGGACGUUGGUGUAUCUUCCUUAAAAUGGAGUUGUUGGAUUAAAAGCUGCUUUCAGAUCUCAUUAUGCAUCAGAAAAAUGAAAAAACAGAGGAAAAUUCUAUGGAAGAAAGGAAUCCACUUAGCCUUUUCUGAGAAAUGGAAUACUGGGUUUGGAAGCUUUAAGAAGUUCUAUUUUCCCCAACACUUGUGCAUUCUGAAAGCUAAGUUGGGAAGGCCAGUUAUUUGCAAUAAACAGUUGAGGCAUUUUCCUUGUACAAACAAGGCUCUUCAAGUCCAGAAGACGUGGAUCCAGGAUGAACCACUCUGUGCUAAGACCAAGUCCAGCGUGGCUACUCGGAAUGUUAGUACUUUGUCCUCCAAAGUAAACAGAAAAGACACUAAACAUUUCAUUUCCUCAAGGACUCUCCUGAAACUCCAAGCAGAGAAGUUGCUGUCAUCAGCAGAUAACUCUGACCAUGAAUACUGUGGAGAGAAAAGUCUGUCACAGGCAGUUGCUGACUUACCAGCACGUAAUGUUUUAGGUCAGGCCAAUGGUCACAGACCCAGGACAGAGCUGCAGACUUCUGACUUUCCCAUGAAGUUCAAUGGAGAGAGCCAGAGCCCAGGUGAGAGUGGUACUGUUGUGGUCACCUUGAGCAACCAUAAGAGAAAGCGCUUUUGUUAUAGCUGCUACCAGGGGCUGAAGCACCACCAAAAUGGGGGACCCCUGAUUCCAAAAAGGUUUCAGCUUAACCAACAGAGACGAAUAAAAGUGUCUCCUCUUAUGAUGUAUGAGAAAUUAUCCAUGAUUAGAUUUCGGUACAGGAUUCUCAGAUCCCAGCACUUCAGAACAAAAAGCAAAGUUUGCAAGUUAAGAAAAGCCCAGCGAAGCUGGGUACAAAAGGUCACUGGGGACCAUCAGGAGACCCUUAGAGAGAACAGUGAGGGUGGCAGUUGCAGCCCAUUCCCUUCCCCAGAACCUAAAGACCCUUCUUGUUGGCAUCAGCCAUAUUUCCCAGAUAUGGACAGCAAUGCUGUGGUAAAGGGAAAGAACUCUCCUAUGCCUGAUGGCCACCCUAAAGGAAGUCCUUUCUUGGACAAGAAGCUUAGUUUAGAUGAAGCAUUUCCUGACCAACCAAAUGGCAGUGCCACAUACACCUGGGACCAGUCAUCCUGUUCCUCUCCUAAAUGGGAACGUACAGAGCUGACUCAUGACAUCCCCUUAUCAGAGCUUCGUUCGAGUAACAUGUUCAUCUCGGAAACUGAAAGAGAAAUUAUGACUCUGGGUCCGGAAAAUAAGACAGGUACUGUCAGUGAUGACAGAGGAAAACUGUCAGUGUCUGGAGCAGAUAAAUCUGUGACUAGUGUAGAUGGGCCGGUGUCUGAAGAGACUGUUCAGAAUGAGAACUCAUACCAGAUGGAGGAAGAUGGAUCUCACAAGCAGAACAUUCUUAGUUCUAAGUUGCUGGACCAUCCGUACUGUAAAAGUCCUUUGGAGGCUCCCCUGGUAUGCAGUGGACUCAAACUAGAAAAUCAAGUGGGAGGUGGGAAGAACAGUCAGAACGCCUCUCCAGUGGAUGACGAACAGCUGUCAAUCUGUCUUUCUGGAUUUCUAGAUGAGGUUAUGAAGAAGUAUGGUAGUUUGGUUCCACUCAGUGAAAAAGAUGUCCUUGGAAGAUUAAAAGAUGUCUUUAAUGAAGACUUUUCUAAUAGAAAACCAUUUAUUAAUAGGGAAAUAACAAAUUAUCGGGCCAGACAUCAGAAAUGCAACUUCCGUAUUUUCUACAAUAAGCACAUGUUGGAUAUGGAUGAUCUGGUGACCCUCGAUGGUCAGAACUGGCUGAAUGACCAGGUCAUUAAUAUGUAUGGAGAACUGAUUAUGGAUGCAGUCCCAGACAAAGUACACUUCUUCAACAGCUUUUUUCAUAGACAGCUGGUAACCAAAGGAUAUAAUGGAGUAAAAAGAUGGACUAAAAAGGUGGAUUUAUUUAAAAAGAGCCUUCUGUUGAUUCCUAUUCACCUGGAAGUCCACUGGUCUCUCAUUACUGUGACACUGUCUAAUCGAAUUAUUUCAUUUUAUGAUUCCCAAGGCAUUCAUUUUAAGUUUUGUGUAGAGAAUAUAAGAAAGUAUUUGCUGACUGAAGCCAGAGAAAAGAAUAGACCUGAAUUUCUUCAGGGUUGGCAGACUGCUGUUACGAAGUGUAUUCCACAACAGAAAAAUGACAGUGACUGUGGAGUUUUUGUGCUCCAGUACUGCAAGUGCCUCGCCUUAGAGCAGCCUUUCCAGUUUUCACAAGAAGACAUGCCCCGAGUGCGGAAGAGGAUUUACAAGGAGCUGUGUGAAUGCCGGCUCAUGGACUGAAACUCAGCAGGGACUCUGGGAAGUCUGACCAAGUUGGAACAGAUGGUUUGUUACUUGAAUCUCCAGAUGCUUAUUUGAAUUUUUACAGAUAUUUCAGAUCAGUGGUGUUGGGCCACUGUUGUUACCUCAGAUUUACUUUUUGCCCUUAUUCAUUUCUCCAGCUACCAUGUACUAUUUUUUAAUGUUCAGUUUGGUUUCAUUUUUAAUUUUAUGGGUUCCGCGCGUCCCUCCAUAUUUAAUAUUUAUUAUCCAAACGCAUGCAUAUAGACAGAGCAUGCAGUGAAGAGUAUUAAAAAAAAGCCUUGUAGAACUGGUGCAGCUUUUGAAACUUAGUUAGCCGUGAACUGAAAUACAGGUUUAAAAUUUAAUCCCAGAAUUAAAAAAUACAAGAUGUUUUUGAUACAGAAUAACUGAGAGGAGUAGAUGUUCCUUGGGGGCAUGAAGAGUAGCUCGGAGGGGUUUUGACAAAGCCAGUCCUGCUUCGCUUUUCCCAGCAGCGCCUUCCUCUGACUGCCGCCACCAAGUGAGCCUUGGAGGAGGUGUCCUUGUGAGGUGUGAGGUGAGGGGCCUCUGGUGCAUGCCUUGUUCGUGGAGGCACGCCGAGCACCAUGCUUGCCCCUGCCUGGCGAGAGCUGAUUACAUGUGAGAAAAACAGUGACUGUGGGGGCCAGUGGGCUUAACGGAGAUUCCAAUUUUGAUUUUAAGAAUUAUAAUAUGUGGCCUAAAUCUCAUAAAGGCUUUUGCUAGAACAUUGAAUUUCCUGGAUUUUUUUUUGACCUAUUAAAAAAAUUUAACAUCCAUCAAGCUGGUGGUCAAACAGAUGAGAAUACAGUCUUUCUAGAAGUAAUCUGGAAGUUGUCCAUUCCCUUGUAUUGCCUCCUAUGUGGAAGAAAUUAAGAUUUACCAAGUACAUUUCUAUUUCAAUCUAUGAAAUGUAAACAUUUAUAGUUGAAGACUGACUUAAGUCUUGCAGGUGAAUGUAGAGCAGCAGGAAGGUAAAAAACGAUUUGAUUCCCUGGAAGUGCAGCAAAGGACGACUGAUUUCUUUUACUCUUUAGUGAACUUAGCAACAUGCAGGGCUCGUUGGACUCCUGCGUGACCAAUCCUGACAUUCCAGCACCGUUCUUUUCCCCUUCCAUUGAACUUCCUGUGGGGAAGAUGAAGCAGCUGCCCUUACACCUAGCUGCAUUCGAAUUAAAGUAGUGGAUCUUACAUCUUUUAUCUUGCCUUUUGUGACAUAUUUCACAGGAAAGGAAAAAUGCAUGUUAAAGCUACUCAAUUGUCUUUCCUGAACCAGGGGAGAAAACAAUACAUUUAUAAGAAAUUUAGAAGUUGCUACAGAAAAUUACCAAGCAAAUGGCAGAAGAUACUUGAAUUUACGCCUGGUUAGAUGUGGGUGAUUGAUAAAGCUGCGGUGUUUAGUUUAACUUGGCUGUAGGUAUGGCCCUGAGAAGGCUGACUGCCAGCCGUGGAGGCUGUCAGACUGUGUGCGCUGAUGCUGCGCAGCAGCCUGGCUCUUUGCUCCCCGGAGUCUGUCAGACUUGAGCUCCUUGUUGUAAAACCAGGUCAGUAUUUCUUACCAUGCUUCAGGUUGUGAGAAGACUGAGAGUAGAGGCACUUUAUGCUGCUGCAGAUAGGAUUGUGUCAACGUAGAAAAAUGAUAAAGUGGGGAAGAUAUCUUGAGGUUUUUAGACAUAAUUAUGCAAACAUGAGAUUUUUAAAAAUUUAUAUGCAAGACAUUUACCUCUGACCCCCCCCCUUUUUUUUGGGGCUAUACCAAAGUAGCCAGUAACUGGGCUAUUGAUUCCAGAUGUUCUCUACUUAUGAGUGGGGAACUACCUUACUUCCUCGACAGAGAACCAGGCACGCAGAAGAGACAGAAGGAACUGUGACCCUGCAAGAAUCUUAAUGCCCAGAGCUUGCUUGAGUUGUCAUUUCCUCCAGUCUGAAAAAUGGUCAUUGUGUCAACAGAGGUGUGUAGGAUUGAGCAAAGACCCGUAAGUGAGUUGUCCCAAGUCCAGUUACUCGUUCACUUCCAGCUAGUAGGGCACCCUGAGAUGUGAUGCCCAGCAUGGUUUAGCCUAAAUGUUGAAUAUUUUAGAUGCUUUUAAAUGUUUGUCAUUUAUGAAACUUGGUUUCAGUACACAUAGUUGCUUUUAUCUCUCAUAAAUUAGGUGUAAACCUCUACUUAGCUCAAAAUCUAGAUUAAAGUGUCUUUUGCCCUGAUGUUUGCAGUAAUUGCUUCCCUGCAACAAAGGCAUUUUGGAAAUAUAUUCUGG